GUCGUGCAGCGCAUCAAAGCUGUGGAGACGGAGACGCGCUUGCUCGUGGUGGACAAGGAGACGGACGAGUACCUGUGCAGCCUGCGCCUGACGUGCACGGAGGACAUGGUGCACAGCGGGAUCCUGCUCAACUCCAGCAUCUCGCCCACCAAGUCGGUGGGCCGCGACAACGGGGAGGUCUGGAAGCCGCAGCUGGAUCUGAGCGGGGGCAGCCUCCAGCGACACUCGCACAGCUUCUCCUCGCACGGCAGCAGGAAGGAUUUAAACGGACAGAAGGAGCUGUGCCCGCGUCUCUGCCACCUGAAGAAAGGCCCCAAUGGCUACGGCUUCAACCUGCACAGCGAGAAGUCCCGGCCGGGGCAGUUCAUCCGCUCGGUCGACCCCGACUCGCCAGCUUCCAGGGCAGGGCUGCGGCCCCAGGACCGGCUGGUGGAGGUGAACGGGAUAAACGUGGAAGGCCUGCGGCACUCGGAGGUGGUGUCCCACAUUAAGUCCAGGGAGAGUGAAGCCAGGCUGCUGGUGGUGGACCCCGAAACCGAUGAGUACUUCAAGAAGCUGGGGGUGACCCCCGUGGAGGAGCACACCAAAGGGGUGGUCCCUCAACCCAUGACAAACGGAUCCGCACAGACUCAGCUGAAUGGAGGAUCCACAUCUUCAUCUCACAGUGACCUUCAAAGUCCUGGCAAGGAGUCGGAGGAUGGAGACGUGGAGAAGAAGGACCCGUUUGAGGAGAGCGGGCUGACCCUGAGCCCCCGGGCUGCCGAGGCCAAGGAGAAGGUGCGGGCCAAGCGGGUGAAGAAGAGGGCUCCGCAGAUGGACUGGAACAAGAAGCGGGAGAUCUUCAGCAAUUUCUGA